AUGGCAGGCCCUGAUAUCCCCGACGUGCAACCCCCGAGGUCCAACCCGCCAGUCCGGGGUUGGACGACCUGGAGAUCAUGGAGGACCUGUGCAGUGGACUUGCUGAAUGUCCCAAGGGAAAUGAAUACCCACGACAUCUACGACACUUUCAACAAGUACGGCAAUCUGAUCUCCAUUGAUCUCUGGGAGGACACCUCGGGCCGGCCUAUUUCCAAGGCACGCAUUCGUUUCAAGCCACCUCCAGAUGAGAAUUUCUGGAGAACCGGCUCCUUCGGGGUGAAGCUACGGAGUGGCCGUGUCACAGCGCUAGCGCUGUGUGUCUGCUGCGGUGAUUCGAACGGGACCAUCCAGAGCCCAGUCCGCCCAGAUGUUCAGCUUCCCGGUGAACUGGAACUGAAGACCGUACAAGUUGACAUCGGUGUCCUGCUAGGUCCAUCCACCAUCCAUUCUAUGCAAAGCUUUAACAACCUGGCGUACCCCAGAUUCGUUGUGGAUGUCAUGCGCAAGUGCUUGUUUCUCUACUUCAAAGUGGGCAUUCGCGGAUCGGAGACUGCUGCAGACGUCAUACAGCAUGACUAUCGUGUCAAAAUCACAUUUCUCCAACUGUCCCAGAUUUACCAACAGUACGACAAAGCCACGAGAGAACACUCCUUUGUUAUCGUCCUAGGCUCCGCCGCCAUUUGGCACCGAAAGGCCAAAGAGAUUCAGUCUACAUUGACAGAACCGUUGAGCUGGAGAGAAGAGGAUAGUUGGUAUCGCCAAACCUCUGUGACACAUAACCCGAACUUGCUAAAGAAUCUCCCCACAAAUUUGAAGAAGACGGGACAUAUCAUUGACUUGGGACGAUGGAACGUAUUCAAGAUCUCAUUCGCACCGGAUGUACAUCCCGAUAUGCGUCGUGUCGACGAUACCAGUCACUACUUGAUGCGCGUUAGAGAAAUCUUCAAGGAUUAUAACAUCAACGUCAAAGAUGGAAGUCACUUUAUUGAGAAAGCAGACCGGCCGGUACCAGUGUGGCAUUGGGUUGACUUUUUGGAGUCCAAGUCUAACAAGGCUUCCGCAUUGCUGCAAGAUCUAGGAGAUCAGAACUAUCUACAUCUUCCUUUCAAGGUGCGGUAUCAACUAGAGGUUUGCUUGUCCCAGGGAUAUCUCUCUGAAUUCACCAUGACCCGCGAAUUCGUAGAGAGAUUGAAGGACCUCGGGGAUGACCAAGCUACAAGACUCUUAGAGUUCGUUGCAACUGAGAAAAAACAGUACCUUGAGGCCAUGGAAAUCUUUGGUCUCAAAUUCUUCAGAGGAGUGACUGACUCGAAGAUUCCGAGCUACUGUUGCUUCAUGCACACAGCACGAGUCACCCCGACUACAAUUUACUACAAUACCCCAACUGUAGACAUCUCAAAUCGAGUCGUCCGCGAAUGGUCUACCAAAGGUGCACCUGGGCGCUUUCUUCGAGUUCGAUUUACAGACGAAAGAACCGAAGGUCGCAUCAAUGCUUCACUGAGCGAUUCCAACGAUGAGAUCUACACCCGUGUCAAAAGGACACUGGCCAACGGUAUCACUAUUGGAGACCGUCGCUACGAGUUCCUCGCAUUUGGGAACUCCCAAUUCCGCGAGCAUGGCGCAUACUUCUUUGCACCAGAUGCCGGUAUCUCAGCGGGGACUAUCCGAGCCUGGAUGGGUCAAUUCAACCAUAUCCGAAAUGUAGCCAAAUACGCCGCAAGACUAGGGCAAUGCUUUUCAACAACCCGAGCUUUCACCGGAUCCUCCGUUCAAACUGUUACAUGCGAUGAAAUUGUUCGUAACGACUUCACGUUCUCGGAUGGUGUUGGAAAGAUUUCCAAAUUCCUUGCCCAGAUGGUCACAUCUCAGCACAACAUUAAAACCCUCACAGGAGAACCUCCUUCGGCUUUCCAGUUUCGACUUGGAGGGGCCAAGGGCAUGCUUGUUAUCUCUGGAGACCCUCUGCCUCAGGAGGUACACCUUCGACCAAGUCAGCAAAAGUUCGAAACUAAUCAAGCCGGCUUGGAGAUCAUUCGCUGGUCCCAGUAUUCUCUCGCGACUUUAAAUCGUCAGUUAAUUCUUGUGCUUUCUGCUCUGAAUAUACCAGAUGAAGUCUUCCACAGUAAGCUCAACAGCAUGUUGGGUAGCUUCCAUCGAGCCAUGCGCAAUGAUUCGAAAGCAAUUAACCUUCUCCAGAAGUAUGUCGACCCAAACCAGAUGACCCUCACCUUGGCUCAGAUGGUAUCUGAUGGCUUCCGACGAAAUGAGGAGCCGUUUGCCAAUACCAUGCUCGAGCUUUGGAAGUCCUGGCAUCUGAAGCAUCUCAAAGAGAAAGCAAAGAUUGCCAUAGACCAAGGAGCCAACCUUCUCGGUGUCAUAGACGAGAAAGGUGUUUUGAAGGGCUACUUCAAAAGCGCAUUGCCGAGCAGAAGAGCCUCUUAUGAAGAGAGACUGGCUGCUCUUCCUGAAAUCUUCGUCCAGAUUUGCCGGUUAGAUGGAGAUGGCGAGUACGAAGUCAUUGAAGGUCUCUGCAUUCUCGCUCGAAACCCUUCUCUUCACCCUGGUGAUAUUCGUGUGGUUCGAGCAGUGAACCGACCAGAACUGCAAGCGCUUCGGGAUGUGGUUGUGCUUCCCCAAACUGGCGACCAGGAUAUUGCGAGCAUGUGCUCUGGGGGUGACCUCGACGGCGAUGACUACCUCGUUGUUUGGGACCCCGAUCUGAUUCCCACAAACUGGUUCGUCGAAUGCAUGGACUACAAGGGUUCCAAAGCGCCAGACCUUGAUCAUGAUGUGACAGUUGAUGAGAUCACUUCAUUCUUUGUCACCUAUAUGAAGAAUGACUGCCUCCCCCGAAUCGCACAUGCGCACUUGGCUUGGGCUGACAGACUUCCGAGGGGCGUGUGGGAAGACAAGUGCAUUCGUCUCGCGCAGCUUCAUUCCGACGCAGUUGACUAUAACAAGAGCGGUGCACAUGCGAGAAUGACCCGCUCUUUGGAUCCCAAGUUCUGGCCCCAUUUCAUGGAAAAGCGGUUCAAGAGGCCAUCCAGCAUUUACAAGUCUACCAAAAUCCUCGGUCAACUGUACGAUGCAGUGGUCACUCCGGACUUUGUUCCCAAGCUAGAGAAGCCCUUCGACUCUCGUAUCCUGGAAUCCCCGCUGGCUGCAGCAAGUGAGACCUACAUGGAAUACGCCCGCGAGCUCAAGGUGGAAUUCGACAUGAACAUGCGACAAAUCAUGGCUCAGUAUGAGAUCAACACCGAGUUUGAGGUGUGGUCAACUUUUGUACUCCGCCACGGCUUCGUGAUCAGAGACUACAAGAUGCAGGAAGACCUAGGUAGGAUUGUGGGUACACUCCGCCGUGGAUUUCGCCACCAGUGCUAUGACAAAGUCGGCCGUCAGGGUGGAAACAUUCCCGCCUUGGUCAUCGCCAUGUAUCGUGUUACUCAGGAGCAAGUAGCCACGGCGCUGGAGGCUCGACGCAAAGAGGCAUUGCAGAGAGAGGAUAUAUCCAUUGUUGAAGUGACCUCCACCGAGCUCCCACUCAUUAGCUUCCCUUGGAUUUUCCCCGACGUCCUCGGCGAUGUUGCGACGGGCCGGGCGCGACAAUCUCUAGUCCCAGAGGGACAAGGGAGCAGCGAUUCAGCAAAUCCUAACGAUGGCACAAUCUUCACUCACAAUCAGAUCCUCAAGAUUAUUGAAGACAUGGAUGAGGAAGUGAAGCUGAAGGCUAAGAAAAACGUGGAGCCGAAAUCUGAGGAGAAUACCAAGCCGAAGGCUGAGGCGGGCUCUGGCUCCGCGCCCUCAAAUCAAGAACCCAUUGCUCGUCGACGUAUUGACAAAUCCGAGCCUAACCCCAACCCCGACGACGGGAAUAAGGAGGUGUGCUUCGACGAGGAUGAUGAGAAGGAGGGAGGCGUGGAAAUCGCCGCUGCUGAGGCCGGAGAGAAGAUUCGAAAGCAGGCUUUGACAGAGGAUAUCGUGGAAAUGGAGGGCGAUGUGCAGCCUUCAGCACUUGACAUUUUGCUCGACAUGAUGAACAGCUGA